GUGAUUUGAUUUUCCACACAGGAAUCUGCGUUGUACUGGUAGCGUGCACAAUGUAACUAACGUCUGAUUGAUUCAAUAUCGAGAAAUGUCCUUUGCCACUUUUGAUGACGAUGACGAGGAUGGGAUCGAUCGAAUAGUCUUGUCGCUAGAACAAGUUUCUCACGAACCGGAGGAAUUCGUAGCAUCGAGCGAUGCUCUGUUGACUGGUUGGACUGUAGACCGCUCUGUAGCUCCAAAUGAAAACAAACCUUCGUCUCACCGAUCCUCUCUGGCCGUAAAAGACUCUAAAGAUCUGAGAUCGAAUACUCCUCGAAAGAUAUUUUCUCGCCAGAGAAAUCGUAAUGACGUGAUCGAGUUUAAACAUUACCUACACCCUGAGAAAUACAUCGAAGAGUACAGGAAUGAAAAGACCAGGCGACAAGAAGCUGCUCUGAGAGAAUUAGCAAACAAGACCGAUAGACACAGAGCGUCUGAUAGCAGUGUAGAGUUGAGAAAAACUUGUACAAAUUGCGAUUAUUUAGAGAAUGGAACGUCCAAACACAUCCCUAGUGUUGUAAGUAUGAAGGAAGUACAAACAGUUGAAGAUGACAAUACUGUUAAGCCGUUCAUUGUUGUCAAAUCAAAAGGAUUGACUCGACCUGCUAAUUUGCCAAUGUCGGGACAAUUCCACGGCAGAAAACUUCAGUGGAGGCCAUCUGUUACGAACAGAAAGAUAACUCACUCAAAGCCAUCACCUUGGUAAGACAAUUUUAAUAUUGAUUGUUCCACAUGUUACGCGUGACUGGAAUAAUGACGAUCACUAUUUAUCUAAACAUUCAUUUUAAUCCUUCAAACAUCACUUACACGCCAUAAACUACUGACUCCUUCAAAUAAAUUAAUCAUAAGUUGCUGAGUUUAGCCAUAAGCUGUUUUCACAUAAUUGUUAAGUACAAAUUCAUACGAUACACCAUUCGUGAAGUCAUGAAAAUAUAAAUUCCUCCAAUUAUCUAUAAUUGAAUUUUGAUCGUAAGCAAUGCGCCGAUGGAUCGAUAAAAAUGCUUAACAUUUUUUAUUACAAUGGGUAAUCAAAACAAAGUUUGAGAAGCGAGUUUUGAGGCCAGCACGGCUCUUUUUCCUUUUUUAAAUUACGUAAACAUGUUCUCUCUUCAAAUAAAUCUUGAUUACUCCCGUUGUUUUCAGCGUAGCCUGCCUGCACGCAAGUUCGCCCCCGGCCGAGGAGAGAGGGAAGGGAUUUCUUCCUUUCUUUCCUUCUUCCUAGUGUGUUUGUAGAAGCGUUAUCCAACUACGCAAACGAAUAUCCUACUCGCAAGUUGCAUUUAUUAAGACGCUUUGAACGCUAGCUAUACUUAAGAUGUGGAGGAGAUUAGUCAGAAACUCUCUCUCUUUUUAGGAGUCAAGCACACAUUGAUGUGACUCUUGAGAUUACAUCACAGGGUGGUGGUGACGUCAGUCAGUUGGUCCACACCAGCAAACAGGUCAGGCUUUUUAACUUUCUUAAGAAUUCGCUGGUUUAGAAGAACAAUGAUAAAACUGCUUUAUAUGUUAAUGAAACAGAUCCUUUUCGUUAUUAAAGCCACAUUAAAGUGGUAGAAGAUUAGGGGUCAGACGUUAGACCACAGACUCAGCGUUCAUUAUCACAUAUAGUACAGUGUACCACCUUAUCCGUGAAAUCGAUUGAAAAAAAAUAAGGUUUAAAAUCAGCUCAGGAACCAGAACCAGCCAUCUUGGCCUGUUGACCGACUAAGCUUGGGCAAUUUAGAAUCUGCUACGUAGCCACAAUAAAUUCACAAACUCAUAAUGGUUUUCUUGAUUUUGACUAUCAUCGACUAUCAACUACGUUUUGCAACUCCUUUGUGGUAAGAAUUUCGGAUAAACGUUUUUUGUAGAAAGCAAAAAAAAAGGUUACAUCCAAGUACGUAAGCCAAAAAAUGAAAUAGGAGUUCUAAGAUCUGAAGGAGAGUGGUAACCUGCUAUUAAGAAAUGAUACUUAGUGGGUGAAGGAAAAGGAAUUUUAAAACUAUCUGUGAAAAGGAAAAGGAAAAAACUGAACAGAAUCCUGAAAGAAAAAAAGUUCUUGUUGUGGCUUCUUUGAAAUUUAAACUUUCCUCGAUUUUUUUUUGACUUUGACAACAGGAACCUUUCGAAAUUGUAUUUCCACAGAACGAGGAUUACAAUUUAUUCCAAGAGAGAAGAUCAUCGGCGAACUUAGUGAUCAAGAGAGCAGACUUAGGAGGUUCACCAACUGCAACACUGCGAACAAACAACAAAAGUCCGUCCCCAGCUACUCGAGCCAUCACUUCUCAAGCUAUCAUAACUCAGUGCUCUCCGAUUGAAAAAUGCGACGCAUGGGUGAAAAACCGAGAUAAUGAAUUGGGAAAUUUCUCCAGCAAAGCGAAGGAACAGCUCAGCGCAAAACCGCCGACUGUUCGAAGAAUUCUCGCGUCAUCUGGACACUCUACACCGCUUUCUUUACGCGGAAACUCGGUGAGCUCUCCUCAGAAAGAUUCGUCUGGUCCACGAUCGACGGAAAGCUCAGCGAGUUCAACUGGAAUGGAUUAUUCUAAAUAUACUGACAUGUUUAAGAAUGUGUUAGAAUUUUACGGAACGAGACGUUUGAGGCCAAAAUCACAUUCAGCAGUGGAACAGUUAUUAUCCAUGAAGACAUGACAAUCGCAUAUUUGUACAGAGAGGACUGUAGGCCUGUCUGUAGAGUAUGUCUGUAGAGUUCUUUUUAAGCGUUGAUUCAGUUUGAAUGCCAGAAUCCGGCGCUGCAUUGCACGUUCAAGAUCUCGUCAAGUUCUGCUUUACUCUGCAGACUAGGCUUAAGGAAAAUAGAUUACCUUAAGUCCGCGAUAAAUUUCAGUAAGGAACUCCACCUCGUUAAAUCACCACUCUGCAGUUAAGGAACAUCAGUAUACACGUAUUGCAGUAAAUGUACACUCAUGUUCGGCGAACCUCGGAUCACGACAAGUUAGUUUGACUCUCGUUGCUGAUUAUUUUUUUUUUUUAAUCAUGAAUCUACGAUCGCAAAUUCUAAAUCAGAUUAGCUUCGCUAGUCACUAUUAAGAGGAUAUCAGUUGAUAUUCUAUUGUCACUAUCCAUUCCAUGGUAAACAACGAGUUAUGUAAGUAACCUAACAAUGAGCUUUUGAAAACAAAAGAAAACUCCAAGGCAUGAACCUAUCCAUUAACUUUUGAACGACUUCUAGAUUAUUUGCUCUCGACUUUUAUGCUUUUUAGUUGAUUUAGGUUUCUCUCUCAUCAACUAUUACCAGAUAGAAAUCUUUAGCUCAUUAUCUAUUGUUUAAGAAAAGCGCACAUGUCUCAGAGUGUCACCAAGAACACCAAAAUCAAAGAAAACCCAAACGACCAAUCAGAACAGAGGAGAACGUCAUAAAGAGCCAAUGAAAACAAAAAGUAUAAAAACUUCAAUGUUAAAUACGCAGGCUUAAGCACGAUGAGUUGGGAAUCGCUUGUUGAGUUAAAAUUGUGUGAAUAUGUACAGCGAGUAUGUAUAAAUAUGUAUCAAAAUUUGUACAUACAAAAAGGAACUAGAACAGUAUAAUAGGAAUAUAAAUAUCAUGUCA